UUGUUAGGCUACUUGAGAAAGGAGGAGCCAAAUAAGAUUGUAGCAGGACGGAAUAACAUCUAGGGAGGCCAUUACAGUUCACUAGUUCGUAAACACGAUUAGGUGUAUUUUCAGUAUCCGGGUAGUGUGUUAUUGGUUAUAGAAAACACUUGAACAGACAUGGCAGAGAGUGACUGGGAUACUGUCACUGUACUUAGAAAGAAAGGCCCAACAGCUGCACAGGCUAAGUCCAAACAGGCUAUUACAGCUGCACAGAGAAGAGGAGAAGAAGUUGAAACUUCAAAAAAAUGGGCAGCUGGACAGAACAAGCAACACACCAUCACAAAGAAUACAGCUAAACUGGAUCGGGAGACAGAGGAGCUGCAUCAUGACAGAGUCACACUGGCAGUAGGCAAAGCUAUUCAGCAAAGCAGGCAAGCCAAGGGACUUACUCAAAAAGAUCUGGCUACGAGAAUUAGUGAAAAACCUCAAGUAAUAGCAGACUAUGAAGCUGGAAAAGCUAUACCAAACAACCAAGUUUUGGGCAAACUAGAGAGAGCUUUAGGUGUGAAGCUGCGUGGAAAGGAUAUUGGAACACCUCUGGAAGCAGUUCCAAAGAAGAAAUGAAAACAAAGCCUCGAAAUCAGUUCAUAUGGACUGGUCUCGUUUGGUCUGCAAGUCAUCAAGCAGCCACGGGGGUUUACCCUAUUGCCAAGCUGAAAUAUGUGCAGAUUUCAGACUUGUUGAAAAUUGUAGAUAAAUCCACUUGUGUGGUGACUGAGGAAUGAUUCUAUUUGGGACCUUUCUUUUUCAGAUGUAGGGGGAAGAAUAUGUAACAUUGUCUCAAGUUCUAGCGUGUUUAAUUUUGCAAGGGCUUGAUCUAUAUAUUGCUUUUAUUUUGGAGUGAGGUAAAUUAAAAGAAUAUCUGCUUGAAAUCCCUAUCAUCCAUUGUAAAUCUGUAUAAUAAAAGUAAGAGUACUUUAGGACAGGAUGAGAUGUUUUGCUCAUUCUGGACUGUCUUUGAGAAAAUAAAGUUUGUAACCAUUUUGGCACUUUGA